GCAAUCCCAGAUUCUCAACGAACACACCAACAUCAAUCCAGGUGAAACCCCAACCUCCACAGUUUUCUUGGGUCUCCUAAGUGGCUGGUUGUUCGGCUCAGUGUCGGGUGCUCGCCUAGCUCAGCACUUGCGCUGUCUUCUUUGAUGCUCAACUAGGACGUGGAUUCGAGUUUCGCGAGGAGUAUCGUCUGCGGCCGGGUAGCAGCCUGAGUGGUUUCCUGGUAGAUUAAACCUGGUUUUUCUUGUAGAUUAAACCUGCCAAUCUCCCAUCGUGCACUGCGGUGAUUCUCACUGUUUCGCUGUCGCCGAUUAUACUAUCAACCCAGCUUUAAGCCCUGGCCUCGAACGCCAGGCUCAAGCGCCUAGUUCAGCUUAGGCUACUCGGUUCCAAAAAUAUCUUAGAAAGUGGCAGAGAGGGGGUGGAGGGAGCCGGCGAGGCUCCUUUCGCCGUCACCUCACGCCUGACGGCCGUUAGUCGCGAUGUCGGCGAUCGUCUGCGGUAAGCGGUCAGCGUUCGAGGAGAGCACGGUCGAGGUCUUCCACCCAACCAGCCGGUCCGCUUUCGACGAGAGCAUCUACGUCCCCUUGCCGCCCGUUACCAAGCGCGCUCGCUGGUUACAACCUUCGUCGGCGAGCAUCGGCGUGGGAGGUAGAGGAGGGUCGUUGGCGGAAAAGGUGGUGCUGCUGCGAAGCAUGUUCGGUGGAGUGGAGGAGCAGGUCGUCCACCAGGUGUUGGAAGCGUGCAAUCACGACAUCGACUCCGCCAUCCAGUCGCUCAAGGGCUUGCGCAUCAUCGCCGCCGAUAACGCCGCGCUAACGCAGGCCCAGCCCGCUGAUCCUUCCGCAGCACGCGCCGCGGAUCAACUUUCUCCGGCAUCAGGGCAAGCGCAGCCCCUGCAAGAGACGCUGCCAGGUCAGGCUGCUUCUGCGUCAGCGUUAGAAUUAACAGCAGCAGAAGCGCUAGCAGCGGCAGCAGCAGCAGCAGCAGCAGGAGGAGGAGGGGGGAGGGAGGGAGAUGGGGUGCCGUCCAGCGGUGCAGAGUGGGUGGAGCUGGUGGUGCAGGAGAUGAUGUCAGCGGUGGACGUUGCUGACGUCAGGCAAAAGGCAGCCACGGUUCUGGAGCAGUUCGAGAAAGAAGUGCGGAAACGAUGUGAAGCUUCCGCUGCUGCUGCUGCUGCUGGGUCUGGUUCUGUUGGUGCCUCCGCUGGCCUUCCACAGGCAGCGCAGCACCAGAUGGCGGCGCUGGUGAAGGAGAAUGCGAUCUUGAAGCGGGCGGUGGCCAUACAGCAUGAGAGGCAGCGGGAGCACCAAGCACGGGAGGAGGAGCUGGUGCAGUUGAAGCAGGCCCUGGCGCAUUACCAGGAGCAGCUGCGGAAGUUAGAGGUGAGCAACUACGCCCUCAGCUUGCACCUCCAGAAGGCUCAAGGCACAGGGACCAUCCCCAACCGCUUUCACCCAGAUGUCUUCUAAAUGCUCCCGCACACGCUCUUACCAACGCCUAAACCGACAAAUGCAUGCUGCGCGCAACGUCCGCACAUGCCCCGCCCCCGCUUAUGUGCAUGCUGCACCCACGUGCUCCAUCAGAUCCUCCUGUGCCUGCUGCGUAUUAAUGUUAACCCAGGUGGUUGUGCAUUCGAUUUGUUUAUAGCGCCCUUGUUUAUAUUCAGCAAGCUUAGGGCUUGGUGUGCAAACUCUGAUGGGCCAUGCCUGAUGGCACCCAUGGCAUUACAGGAGCGCCUAGUGUGCUCUUUUGCUGCCUUGCUCUGUAAUUGGGGUUCAUGUGUAAAUGCAAGAGAGCAAGAAAAAGACAUACCCAUCACGAAACAUUAUAAUUUUUAACACACAGCCAAAGGUCUUGGGUUCAACUCCCAGUGCCAGCGCCGCAGAGGCGCUCGUGUCUUCCACCUAUCCCAGCGGGGGGGGGGGUGUUGAGUGACCCGCUGGGGU